AUGAAUAAGUAUAAAAACUCUUAAGAUUAUGAUGUAUUCAUGGCUAAAGAAAGCACAACCACUUAAUCAUAUUUAAUAACUCUUAUUGAUGGAACUGGGUCAAUGGCUGGAGAAUAUAAUUAAAUUGUGGAAGCACACAAUACCAUUUUUAAUUAUCUUGGAUCAAACUAAUUGAAAUAUUAAUGGGAAGAAGAAUUAUUUCCAUUUUUUCCGUUUAGGGAAGCUGGUAGAGGAAAUAUAACUCUAACAUUUUAAACUAUUUUCAAAAAACUCUUAUUUGAAAACUACCCAUAAAAUAUAACAUUUUUAUUUGUGAGUGAUGGCUAAGAAAGUUUUGAAUUUAAAUAAUUAGAAGCUUUGAUUGAUAGAAUAAAUAGGAAAUACUAGAUAUAAUUUAUUUCUAUUGCAAUUGGGGAAAGUUACCCAGCUUAACUGAAUUCUUAAUUAAGAGACUUUUACACAAAUAAAAUUCUGAUUGCGAGAAUGGUUUUAAAAUUAGUAGAUCCAAACCUCCAAAAAAUUUGGAAGAAGAAUUGCUUAAAAUAUUUACAAAAGUUAAGUAACUUCUUUGGGUUUAAUCAACUCGUUUUAAAGUGAAUAAGCCUGUUUAGUAAACAAUAGGUUCAGAAUUGACUGAAACAGUAGCUCCUAAUCAACCAUUUAUCAAAGUUAAUGAUGGUUCUUUAACAUCAUUAAAAUUGGAUGGUUAUGAAAUUACACCAACUUAAAAUCCUAUACAUAUAUCACUUCUGGUCAUUUACUCUGUAUAAUACGAAAUAAAUAAAUUGAUAGCAUGGUAUACUAAUUAAACAACAGUUUUUUUAAAUAUGUAUAACAUCAUUUAGGUUAUUCUAUCUAAAAUAGAAAUCAAUAAGAAAGAAAAAAAUGAAGAUGCAGUUUAAUUAGUUUUACCCCUUUUAAAUGUUGUUGAAUGUAUUGCAAAUGGAAGCAUAGACAUUAAAAAGUUGAAUGAAAAUUAGAUGACUGUCUUGCAAUUAGAGAUAAGAAAAAAAGAAGAAAUAAAAAUGUUUUUGUAAGCAUUUUAAUCAAAAGUAAGUAGAAUUGAAUAAAUUUAAACAUAUGAAAGUAUAAUUAAUCAAUUUAAGGCAAAAUUAAACAAACUCAAAUUCGAAUGCUGUGACUUAGAAAAUAUUUUUAUUAGAAUUUUGGAUAUAAUUUUAGAAAUGCUAAAAGACAUAUAAAUAUUAAUAGCAAAAGAGAAAACUUUAAAUAUUCAAGAUAUCUUAGUUCAGCUGAGAAUAAUGUUAAAUGAACAAUUAAAUAAGAUUUUCUGUGAAGCGGAAACUAUUGAUUAACAAUGUUUGCCUAUAAAAAAAAUAAAUAAAGUCCUUUCAUUUUUAUCUUAUGAAAACAAAACAAUAUAAGAAAUAAUAAAAGUCAUAGAAAAUGAUGAUUUUAUGUUUCAAAAUGAGACAUAAUUUAAAUAUCUACCAAAAAAUCUUUAACCUCAAAUUAUUUUCUACGAUCCUUAACCCCAGAGUAUUUUAAAAAAUUCUAAAAUGAUCCUUUAUUCAGUGGCUAUAACAGUUGUAUGCUUAAUUUCGUUUAAUUUUAAAAGAGUUUUUAAAUUGUGA